UUUCCCAACAAUGAAAAAAUUGAUUAUUCUGAAGAAGCAAAAGAAAAAUCAAAAGAGAUAAGUCAAAAAUAUUAUGAACAAUUAGAGUUAUCUUUAGAUGAACGUACAAAGUUACAUAAUAAAAAAUUAGACGAAUUUGUUAAUAAUAUCAGCGAAAGUUAUAAGAGUAUGUUUGGGACUUUAAAUCUUAAACAUAACCCUUCUUUUCACUUUAAAUCUGCUGAAGCUAAAUUUGUUGACUUAUAUGUUGAGGGACUUGUUGUUCUAGGUAAUACACUUGAAAAAGAACUUAAAAAAGAAGAAGAAAAAUUAAAAAGCAACAUGAACCAAUGA